ACACGUAGUCUAUGUAAGAUACAGAUAGCAGAGUGUAAGCUUUCCAUAAAAUACACACAGGAUAGAUACAUGUAGACGGCUGUUUUUUCAUGUUGAAAAAUUCCAUUGUAGGAAUGUAAUGAUAGGCUAGUGUACUGAAAUGUGUCACAGGUAGUCAGUGAUAUUAAAUAACAGACCAGGAUCUUAUCUAUAAAUAAAGUCUCUGUUUGGACUGGUGGAUACAUACAUAUACUUGUGCAAACACCUAGACAGCUGUCUGUAUGACCAGUGUUUCAUUUGAACAGUCUAAUACAUAAGCUGCAUUGACACACAGUUGAAUGGCCUAGUGUCCGGCAUAUAAGAACAGUGUAUGCUGGCCGGAAACACCAGUCUUUGCAGAGUGGAUUAAGGAUGUACACUUUCUUCUUGUAUGGGGAAGUUUUAGCAUCAAGCUACCAGUUCUACAUUCUAUUUUAUGAGCAUGGCUCAUAAGUCUGGCGGCUGGUCCACUGGGAGUUUUUCCUAUUAGGUUAUUUGUCAUUGUUUGGCUAAGAAAGGCGUGGAAAUUUGCCACUGAGUGGGUGAGAGCAUGCCGGCUGAGAGACGACCCUGUAGAAUUAUAAAAUAUACACCGGGAUUGUCUAGUGUAAACUUGGUAGUGAUACUGCCAGUAUGAAUAGCAUGUCUAGCAAUGAUGACGCCUAUCACUGGCGAAGCCCUGCCCACAAUGAUCUAUCCGACUCCCGAUUGGACGAUGACAGUGACCUUCACGCCCCUAAAAUCGAGAGCUCACUCCUCCUCGAUUCCUGUCUACGAGAGUUAGAAGACAGGGGUACAAUGAAUUUUGAUAACAUGGAGUACAUCCAUGAUGAGAAUUACCACGGGAUGAAUCCAGCUUACAUGUCCAGCAUGAUGAAUGGUGGUAAUCCAGCUUACGACCGUCAUAACGAAGGCUCCCCACACUCCUCCAGGCUGUCUGUGCAGAGUGGUGGCAGUAACCACCAUGGAGACAAUAGGAAUGUUCACAAGCUAAAUAAUAUCAGAGGACGAGGCUCCAUAAGCUCACAGGAUCACCAGAUGGAUAAUUACAUGUCGUACAAUGCUAUCAAUCGUAACUUGGACAGCCCCUCCCCCCACGGAGGCGCUCAGACACCCACAAGAGGACCCCCAACCCCAACAAGGUUCACACACCAUGACAUGGGCCUGGGCUCUCACAGCUACUCAAAUCAUGCUUACUCAUCAAACUAUUACCCUGUGGACCCUCCAAUGGAGCCUCAUGAUAAUCACGGCUCCCCUGUGUCACAUGACAUCUACAACCAUCAUUUAAGUCCUAGAGACCAUGGUUACCCAGGCAGCCGUGGCAGUUACCAGGCGGGGUCAGAUCGGGGGACCCCAACAUUUAGGGAGCAUGGCUACCACGGAGACCCCAGAAACAUGGACCCCGAGCCAAGGUAUGGUGAACCAGCCCCGUACGAUGGAUAUGACGACAAUAUUCCUCGCCAAGAAGCUUUCGGUAACCAGCAUGGUCAUAAUUACAGAGACUCACCAGGCUUAGAGGAUGGUUACCGUAGCAACCAUCCAGAUGGAGGGCCUUAUGGGAGCCACCCAGAUGACCAUUACCCAGGGGAUCACUAUGACGACCAUUAUGGGGGACCCCAUGGGGAUGACUAUUACCCACCUCCCCCACCCCCAAAUGGUCAGUUCCGGGAAGAUGAUCGCUAUGGAGACAUCCACCCUGAUGACCGACGAGAUGGAACCCAGUAUGACGGUCGCUAUGAUGGCCCCCCUGAUGAGCGGUAUGGAGGCCCCCAUGAUGACAGUUAUGGGGGCCCUGCUCCAGAUAGCAGGUUUGAGCCUCACCCUGAUGACAGGUAUCGCGAGCUUCCACCAGACGACCGUUACAGGGACUCCCCAGAACAGCUCCAAGACCCCCAGAGGGAGCCACCAUACGAGGACGGUUACCAAGCACAGCACCUGGAAGACCGGCCAGACUUGUACCCUGUGGAACACUUCCAGGACGGGCCACCAGAGGGCUACCUCGAGCCUCACAUAGAGGAGAGGCUACGCCAGGCCCCCCCAGAGGGUGACGACAGAUACAGGAAUGUGGACAAUGGUUACGGGGAGAAUCGCUAUGAUGGUUUGCCGCCUGUCCAUCAGGACCCGUUUGCUGAUGACCCCUUCAACGAAGGGGGCCCUCAUGACCCAUCCAGGUAUCAUGCACCCCCUGAAGACCCAUAUGCAAGACGAACCCCGUCCCCUGCUGCUGGCAGCGACAGAUACGGUUACGGUGAGGCCCCCAGGUAUGGGCAGGAGGCCCCGACCAUGGAUAACUACGGACCAGACAGACGGGUUGGGCGAGACCCUUACGAUGAUGAGGGCCACAGGCCCCAGGGCUAUGACGAUAUGGACAGACCUCCUUAUGAGGAUGACCCUAGGAUGGGGGGCCCACACAACUUGUCUGCAGAGGAUGAGGAGGGUCAUCGCUGGAGGAACCCUGAUCUUCAGGAGGUCAUUGAGUUGUUGCGUAAUCCUAACGAUGAGAUCAAAGCCAAUGCUGCUGCCUUCUUACAGCAUCUCUGUUACAUGGACAACGAUAUGAAGGCCAAGACAAGGAGUUUGGAUGGAAUACCCCCCUUGGUUGAAAUGCUGGCAAGUGAUUUUCCAGAGGUGCAUAAAAAUGCAUUGGGAGCUCUUAAAAACCUGUCGUAUGGCAAAGAGAACGAUCUUUGUAAGAAGGCAAUCCGUAGCUGUGGGGGAAUCCCGUGUCUGGUGAGACUACUGAGGCGCCCCCUUGAUGAUGAGGUCAAGGACUUGGUGACUGGGGUGCUCUGGAAUAUGUCCUCCUCAGAGGAUCUGAAAAAGCCAAUAAUAGACGAGACAUUAGUGGUGCUUGUGAACUUUGUGAUCAUUCCACCGGCGGGCUGGGACCACAGAUACCCUCCCUCCUCCCAGAAAAUUCCUGUCAAUGUACACUGGACCACGGACCUACGCAAUGCCACAGGAGUGCUCAGGAACGUGAGUUCUCACGGGUUUGAGGCGAGGAAGAAGUUGCGGGAGUGCCAGGGACUGGUGGAUUCAUUAGUGCUAUAUCUGAGGGCGGCCCUGGAGCAGCAUGUCUAUGACAACAAGUGUGUGGAAAACUGUGUGUGUAUCAUGAGAAACCUGUCCUUCCGCUGUCAAGAGGUCAUCGACCCGGACUUUCACAAAAAACGGGCCACGCUACGCCGACAGCCAGUCCCAGAGAAAGGAGAACAGGCAGGCUGUUUUGGAGGAGGAGGGAAGAAAAAGAAGGCCGGAGGGAAGUAUGAUCCCAAGAAGCCUGACAUAAUGAGUCAGGGUGAAACGAUGACCCCGAACGCCCCACGCCCGGGAAUGGAGCAGCUGUGGCACCCGGAGAUUGUGCAGGUGUACAAGGAAUUUAUGGUGGAGUCUAGUAACCCAGUCACUCUGGAGGCACUGGCCGGCGCCACACAGAACAUAGCAGCCUGUGACUGGAUGCCUUCAGUGGAGUUCCGGGCUGCUGUAAGAAAAGCCAAGAUGUUGCCGGUGAUUGUGGACCUGCUGAGGAUGGAAUCUGACAGAGUGGUCUGUGCUGCUGGUAUCGCACUCAGAAAUCUGGCCAUAGAUGAGAAGAACAAAGAGCUUAUCGGAAAGUAUGCUAUGCAGAGGUUGGUUUCCAAAUUGCCAGCCCCAAAUGUGAAAUCUACGUCCCCUGAUGACACGAUAUGUGCCAUAUUGGCCACCCUGCAUGAGGUCAUCAAGGAUCAUGCAGACUUCGCAUUAUUUUUGUUCCGAGAAUCGGGUGUUCCACCGCUGAGGGACAUAGCUCAGUCCAGACAUCGGUACACAGCCAGAACCAUCAAGUUUGCCUCAUCGGUGUUGAGGACAAUGUGGCAGUUCCGUGAGUUACAGUCCGUAUACAAGAGAGAAGGUUACACAGACAGAGAUUUCCUGACAGUCUCCACAAUGGCCAGGCCCGAGUCUGCCACCAGCCCUCCCCCUAGCAACGUGAACACACCGUACAACACACUGAGUCGACCCAUAUCUAACCAGGGCUAUGACGACACCACGCUUAGCUCUCCUUACUCAGUCUCGAAGGCCAAUCACCAUGCUAACCAUGGCCAUAAGAUGGCCACAGGUCGGAUGAUGGGCUACAGCAACCCUGCCCACCUGCACGCUCCUGAUACAGAUCGUUAUGGAAAUAGAGAGAGACAGGAUCACAAGCAACCAGAGCAGCAUAUCCCAAUGCGCGAGAUAGGAUCUGGCUAUGCAGCAGUGGAGGAUCACCCCCCGAGUUAUAACGAUUAUAAACGCUCAAAACCACCAGUAGGGGGUGUCCCACUCUUCCCCAAUUUGGAACCGGGUGCGUCCGUGCCAGAGGAGCCCAGGGAGCCUUUGUAUGCCCAGGUAAACAAAAGUGGGCGUCGCCGACCAGAGGAAGGUGGUGCACCUGCUCACCUGAUGUUAGAGGGAGGAGCAGGUCAGGGUGGUGCCGACUCGUGGGUCUAAGACCUCUUCACACAAACAACUGUUGCUAUGUGUCUGCGAUCAUCAUCUGUUUAGCUCUCAGACAGUAGCUAUCGAAAGUGUUAAAAAGCGCUAACCAAACCGGACCAAAUGCAUAUAUUGUGAGAGUUGAGCCCAGGUGACACUGAAAACUGGAUGCUUACCUCCUCUUCAGCACUCUGAACUGAUCAAAUGACAGUCCAAAGAGGGAAAUAGAUACAUAGUAUGUCACUGCAUACAAGUACAUUGUAUCAGAAUUGUUCUUAUUUUAUUCUCCAUGUGAGCAAAGAACAGUAAUAUCAUUGGAUGUAAAAUAUUGACAGACUUACGGUUCAUCCAAUCACCUGUGUUCUUGUACUUCAUCAAGAGCUUUGUGCUAAGCAGUGGCUUUUAGAACUUUAUGCAGUAAAGUAUCUGUGACUGUGUUAUAUCUGUCAGCUAGGAAGAUGUUUCUGUUGGGAGCAGCAUUGUCUGUCCACGUCUGCGCUGUUUAGGCCUCUGCUGGCAGAUUGACAUUAUGUACACCAGUGUUCAGCUUUUAGUCUAACACCUAUAGAACUAUAUUAUUUUUGUACUUUUUGACAGCUACAUGUAGUACAUAUGAUUUCACAAAGUCACAAAUGUAGAUGAAAUCUAAGUAUGUACAGCUUUAGUGAACAGAACUUUGGGGUAAGUGAGCCUAUUUUGUGCUUUCCUGUUUGUAUUCUGUGUGGACUGUCCAUGAUAUGGUACAUCAGCAUAGUGAAGAUCAUCAUUGAUCACAGGUAAUACAGGUAAACUGGCUGGUACCAGCUUGAUAGCAGUUUUUAACCCAAAGAUGAUUAUUUCUUUAAUACAGACAAUUAUAGGUAUUAUAUUAGUGAUAUGGAAUGAAAACUGGUCUGUAUCACCUGAGAUCGGAAGUUGAUCAGUUUUAGUCUAUUAUUCACAUUUGAUACAGUUAGAUCAGUGUGUGAUUGCAUGAUGCAAUAUGUACAGGUGGUGGCAGAGUAAUCAUCUACCUGUACAUAGACAACAUUACCCCUGUGUUAGGUGUUAUUACAACAUGAUGCAGGUAUGCACAGGCAGUGGCAGAGUAAUCACCUACCUGUACAUAGACAACAUUACCCCUGUGUUAGGUGUUAUUACAACAUGAUGCAGGUAUGCACAGGUGGUGGCAGAGUAAUCACCUACCUGUACAUAGACAACAUUACCCCUGUGUUAGGUGUUAUUACAACAUGAUGCAGGUAUGCACAGGUGGUGGCAGAGUAAUCACCUACCUGUACAUAGACAACAUUACCCCUGUGUUAGGUGUUAUUACAACAUGAUGCAGGUAUUCACAGGUGGUGGCAGAGUAAUCACCUACCUGUACAUAGACAACAUUACCCCUGUUUUAGGUGUUAUUACAACAUGAUGCAGGUAUGCACAGGUGGUGGCAGAGUAAUCAUCUACCUGUACAUAGACAACAUUACCCCUGUGUUAGGUGUUAUUACAACAUGAUGCAGGUAUGCACAGGUGGUGGCAGAGUAAUCAUCUACCUGUACAUAGACAACAUUACCCCUGUUUUAGGUGUUAUUACAACAUGAUGCAGGUAUGUACAUGUGGUGGCAGAGUAAUCAUCUACCUGUACAUAGACAACAUUACCCCUGUGUUAGGUGUUAUUACAACAUGAUGCAGGUAUGCACAGGUGGUGGCAGAGUAAUCAUCUACCUGUACAUAGGCAACAUCACACCUGUGUGAAACAAGUAUGAUGCUGGCUGUGUACUGUUACCAAAUGUCAUCUGUGUUGUCUCAGGUGUGAUACUGAUUGUUGUGUUUUCAUCUGUUAACAUCGUGUGAUACCAGCUACCAUCCUGUCAAUGGCCUGAAACUGGCUCAUACUGCAAGCACAAAUGUGAUCACCCACCUGCCUUCAAGUUCCUACAUUAUUCACAGGUGGUCACAGGCGCCCAGAAAGGACCAGGUGGAAAAGACAUCUAAACACAUGUGAUCUAUGAUCACAACAUCAUCUGAUCAAGUGUAAUCAACAUACCCCUACACGUGCCUAGAGUUCAUACCAUGCAUAGCGGAAUUUGGAUUUGAUUGAAAAUGACCAUUUUUGGAACAGUAGAGGCAUGAUAAAGCUGUACCUACCAGAUGUACUGUCAUAUUGGGAGGGAAGUGUCGUUCAGGCGCUGCAGUCAUUGUUACAUGGACAUUUAUCUACUUUAUAUUCUGGUGACAUUAAAGACUACAUUUUGUGUUUAUCUGCUCAGAUUCUCUGGGCUUCAUAUGCAUAACAUAUUUUUCCCCUGUUUUGUACACUACAUGAUGCUUAUACAUUAUUGUUAUUAUUACAUACCUAUACAUAACUAUAUAAUUACGCAUGUGUCAGUUUGUCACUGUACAUAUCAUAAUGGUUGUGGAACUGUGCACUUGAUGUACAGUUACUUUGAUACUUUAGGUAUAGGCCUAUCAUGCAGGCAAACAUAGGCUUACAUGUAGCUUUUUAAAUAUUUGCCAAUGUUCUAGUGGUCCAUCAUUGAAUCUGGUAAGGAGAACAUUCUGUAUUUCUUCAAGCUCAUAUCAAUUUGUACAUCACUGACAUUAAAACCUUGUUUGUUGAUUUUGUUUUCUUUUUUUUUUUCAUAUACUUACAUAUCCAGUAAGGUUGUACAUUUUGGCUUUGAUCUUUUGUUGCAGUCAUAUCUAACAUUUUAUCAUAAUUAAUUGAGGGCAUGUCUUUAUUUUUAGUAUUUUAUAUUUUCUUUUUCACAUAGAGAGAGUUUAUUCACCAACAGUAAAAGAGCUUCCCAAUAAUUCAGCGUUUUAAA